UAACAGUCGCCGGUGCCACUCGUGUUGUCAAAAUGAAAUGUUUACAAUGAGCAUUAUCAUCAUUGUUUUACGUGUUUUUAAACACCAUAAAUCGUUUUAGUUAGUCGGUGAGAUGUCGGCGUUCAGCUCAGAGCUCAUUGACUACCUGGAGGGAAGAAUUUCAUUCGAGGAGUUUGAAAUACGGAGAGAGGAAAGAAAAGCUAAAUUGAAGGUAUCGAACGAAGGGCUUUCAGAGGAAGAUGAAGAGAUUGGACCAGAUGACACUCUCCCCAGCACUUCCCACGGCCGCAGUCCGAGAAAAUGUUCUAAAAAACGGCCCGCAGCGGAUCCCGAGGAAGGCGUCAGCCCCUCUGUCCAGAAGGCUUUUGCCUCGAUGAUGGGGGAGGGAACAGAGACUGAACAGACUGAGGAAGAGGAGGAGGAGGAUGAGGAGGAGGAUGAAGACAACGAUGACGAUUAUGAAGAAGAGGAAGAGGAGGAUUCAGAGGAGGAGAGGAAGGUUGAAGCUAAGGGAGAUGAGGAAGGGCCCUCAGCUGGGGAUGUCUUUGCUCUGGAAAUGGAGCUUAACCGAGAGAACAAGAAGAUGAUGAAGGAGAGACGUAACCGCAGCAAGCUGCCCCGGGCCCUAAGGGGCCUCAUGGGAGAAGCCAACAUCCGUUACGCCCGCGGAGACAAGGAGGACGCCGUCCUGAUGUGUAUGGAGAUCAUCAGACAGGCCCCGCUGGCCUACGAGCCCUUCUCCACCCUGGCUAUGAUCUAUGAAGACCAGGGGGACAUGGAGAAGUCACUACAGUUUGGCCUGAUCGCUGCUCAUCUCAACCCCAGCGACUGUGAGGAGUGGGUCAAGCUGGCCGACAUGUCUCUGGAGCAGGACAACAUCAGGCAGGCCAUCAUCUGCUACACCAAAGCCAUUAAGUAUGACCCCAGUAAUGUGCGCUACCUAUGGGAACGUUGCAGCCUGUAUGAGCAGGUGGGGGAACACAAGCAGUCCAUGGACGGGUACCGUCGUAUCCUCAACCUACUGCCCCCUACUGACGGAGAGCACUUCAUGCAGCUGUCACGAGACAUGGCCAAAAGCUACUAUGAGAGUAGUGACCUGCCGUCAGCCAUGGGGGUGAUGGAGGAGGCUCUGAGGAGACACCCAGAGUUGGUGACAGACGAGAGCAUCAACAUGGCUGCUGAGCUCUACAUAGCCAACCACCAACACGACAAGGCCCUUCAGGUUCUAGUCCAGUUCUGCGGAAUCAUCCUGGAGAGAGGAGAACCUAAGCCAGACCUUGCAGAGGAGGAGAACCCAGAGGAGGAGCAGGAGAAGAUGGAAGCAGAGGAGAACCCAGAGGAGCAGAAGAAGAUGGAAGCAGAGGAGGAGAACCCAGAGAACAUGGAAGCAGAGGAGAACCCAGAGGAGGAAGAGGAGCAGAAGAAGAUGGAAACAGAAGAGGAGCAGAAGAAGAAGGAAGCAGAGGAGGAGAACCCAGAGGAGGAGCAGGAGAAGAUGGAAGCAGGGGAGGAGAACCCAGAGAACAUGGAAGCAGAGGAGAACCCAGAGGAAGAGGAGGAGCAGAAGAAGAAGGAAGCAGAGGAGGAGAACCCAGAGAAAGAAAAGGAGAUGAAAACUGCGACAACAGAGGAGCCUGGGGAGGUUAGAGGGGUGGUAGUUCCAGACCAUGUACCAGUGGACAUCAGAGUGAAACUCAUGGUCUGUCUGAUCCACCAGCAUGUUUACAGACCUCUGGAUUCCAUGUUGACGUCUCUGAUGGAGCAGAGCCCAGAGGAGCUGGGGGAUCUGUACCUGGACGUGGCUGAGGCCUUCCUGGACCAGGGAGAGUACAACUCAGCCCUGCCUCUCCUCUCUGCCCUGGUCUGCUCUGAGAGAUACAACCUGGCUGUUGUCUGGCUCCGACACGCUGAGUGUCUGAAGGCGCUGGGCCACAUGGAGGUAGCAGUGAAGAGUUACAACAAGGUAGUACAGAUGGCUCCUCUUCACCUGGAGGCCAGGCUGUGUCUGUCUACUCUGCAGCAGCAGCUGGGUCGACCUCUCUGUGCCCUCAAGGCCCUGGAGCCCAUGUACGACCCAGACACACUGGCACAGGACGCCUCCGCGGCACAGCAGGAGUUGAAGCUGCUGCUACACCGCUCUACUCUCCUGCGUUCCCAAGGCCGACUGGAUGACUACCUGGAUACCAUGCUGACCAUGCUGGCUAUGCUGCUGAAGGUGGCUAUGACGCGGGCCCAGGUGUGUGUCAAAGCCAGCAUGUGGGCGGGGGUCAGACACCUGCGUCUGGUCAAGGUGUCUAAGGACCUGGUGUCAGACAUCCACGACCAGGAGGCAGCCUACCGGGACAUCAGUGGUAAGACCAGUGUGUUGUCUCGUGAGGACUGGUGGUUACUGUUGGUGAGGUGUGUGUGUACGCUGUGUGAGAUGAAGCGUUUUAGAGAGGCAGAGCUGCUGGUAGACUCUUCUCUGGAGUUCUACUCCUUCUAUGACGUCAAGGUGAAGAGGAAAGAGCUGGAGUUCUUUGGUCUGUCGGCUGCUUUCCUGGACCAUAACUACCGCAAGGCCUACGAUUACAUCAGACUGACGCUGAUGGAGAAGCAGGAGUGGCCCAUGCUGUGGAAUGUAUUCAACCAGGUGACCCUUCACUCCCAGGACGUGCGUCAUCAUCGGUUCUGUCUGCGUCUGAUGAUGAAGAACCCAGACAACCACGCCCUGUGUGUUCUCAGUGGACACAACGCACUGGUGUCUGGCAGCUUCAAACACGCCCUCGGUCAGUAUGUUCAGGCGUUCAGGUCUAAGCCAGAUGACCCUCUGUACAGUCUGUGUGUUGGCCUCACCUUCUUCCACAUGGCGUCUCAGAAGUUUGUGGUUAAACGCCACCCGCUAAUACUGCAGGGUUUCUCAUUCCUGUGGCGUUACGUGGAGCAGCGUGGGCCCUGCCAGGAGAGCAUGUACAACCUGGGACGGGCCCUGCAGCAGAUGGGCCUGGCACACCUCGCCAUUCACUAUUACCACAAGGCUCUCAGCUUCCCUCCUCUUACACUAGAGGGUAUUGCGGAUGACCAGGUCGACCUGCGUAGAGAGAUAGCCUUCAACCUGUCACUCAUCUACCAGGCCAGUGGAAACACUGAGAUGGUACGACACCUCAUCAACACCUACUACUGUUGGAUGCGCGCUGUGUUAAGAAGCAGUGCGGCUUGGUUGGGUUUCAACCUGCGUCUCUCCCGAGCCUGUACGGGAGUUGUAGCGAUGAGACAAGAUAGUGGCUACUAA